GGCAUCCCCAAGCCUCCGCCAGUCCCGCCGAGAGGAGCCAGCGCCGCCACCGAGGGGCGCCCGGCGCCGGAGCCAUGACUCUCCGCCGACUCAGGAAGCUGCAGCAGAAAGAAGAGGCGGCGGCAGCCCCGGACCCCGCCACCCGGGCUCCCGACUCGGAAGUCGCUCCCGCCGCUCCCGCCCCGACUCCGGCCUCGGGCCCCCCUGCUGCAGCCGCCACCCCUGGGCCCCCCGGGGACGAGCUGUAUGCUGCGCUGGAGGAGUAUCACCCUGCGGAGCUGUAUCGCGCGCUCGCCGUGUCCGGGGGCACCCUGCCCCGCCGAAAGGGCUCAGGAUUUCGCUGGAAGAAUCUCAACCAGAGUCCUGAGCAGCAGCGGAAAGUGCUGACUUUGGAGAAGGAGGAUUAUCAGACCUUCGGCUUUGAGAUCCAGACUUACGGCCUUCACCACCGGGAGGAGCAGCGCGUGGAGAUGGUGACCUUUGUCUGCCGAGUUCAUGAGUCCAGCCCUGCCCAGCUGGCAGGGCUUACACCAGGGGACACCAUUGCCAGCGUCAAUGGCCUGAAUGUGGAAGGCAUCCGACAUCGAGAGAUUGUUGACAUCAUUAAGGCAUCUGGCAAUGUUCUCAGACUGGAAACUCUGUAUGGGACAUCAAUCCGGAAGGCGGAACUGGAGGCGCGCCUGCAGUACCUGAAGCAAACCCUAUAUGAGAAGUGGGGAGAAUACAGGUCCUUAAUGGUGCAGGAGCAGCGGCUGGUGCACGGCCUCGUGGUGAAGGACCCGAGCAUCUACGACACGUUGGAGUCGGUGCGCUCCUGCCUCUAUGGUGCGGGCCUGCUCCCCGGCUCGCUGCCCUUCGGGCCUCUGCUCGCUGUGCCCGGGGGCUCCCGCGGCGGCGCACGGCGGGCUGGGAGCGACACCGACGAAGCCGUCUACCACACGUGCUUCUUCGGGGACUCCGAGCCACCGGCGCUGCCACCCCCACCUCCGCCCGCCCGCGCCCUGGGGGGCCCCGCCGAGGCCCCGGACCCCGGAUCGUGCCCCGGGCCGCGGGCCGCGCUGAGCCGCAGCGCCAGUGUGCGCUGCGCGGGCCCCGGGGGUGGCGGGGGCGCGCUCUGGACUGAGGCCCGCGAGCAGGCCCUGUGCGGCCCCGGCCUGCGCAAAACCAAGUACCGCAGCUUCCGCCGGCGGCUGCUCAAGUUCAUCCCCGGACUCAACCGCUCCCUAGAGGAGGAGGAGAGCCAGCUGUAGGGACGAGGGCGGGCAGGGGAGGUAUUUAUUUAUUUAUUCAUUCGUAUCAGCCAGUACAAAGCGAGGGUGCCGGGCCAGGAGGACCCCAGGAGCCCAAAGCAGCGGGAGAGGGUCCUUGCGAGCCCUGGCAGGCUCGCUGAGGGAGUGGGGGGCCCAGACCCCUUCUCUCCUCCUCCCCUAAACCACAGUGAGAGCUGGGGCAGGGGGAGAACCAGGCAAUCGGGAUUGGGAGAGGUUUGGGGGCCAAAGAUGGGUCGUGCUAUCGUACAGUCUGGGUCAGUAGUGCCUUGUGGGGUGUCCAGGAACACUCCCCCACCGGGGAGUGGGGGACCCUGUCCCACGAAGCCCUCUCCUCAGCUUUACCUGCUCCCCUGGCCCUUAGCCCUGGGGAGAAAUGGCCCAUGGUGGGCCGUCCCCCACCCUCCACACACACACAGUUCCAGUGACCAGUGGGCCCCAGGGGGCAUAAGGUGCUGGUCCCCUCCCUCCUAGCCUUGACCCCUAAGGGCUUGGCCCCUUCCAGGGGCCUGUAACUACGUGGGGUCCUGGGAUAGGGGUCCUGGGUUCUGUGCACCUUGGGGACAGGAGCCAGCAUAUUCAGGUGGGGUGGGGGCAGCACAGACUGUUCCACCGUUUUGCAUAUUGUUGCUUCUGAACCACAAAGUAUAUAAAAUUGAUGGUUUUUUGCA